UUUAUUUUCACACCGGACAGUAUUUCUCGCCCCCUUCGCUGCGGUCCUACUUUUUAUGCGCAAAAAGUGAAGAAUAUUUCGCUCCGUUCAGACGAAUUUAACUGAAUUUACACAUGAAUCUCAUUCGCAAAAAACUCAAAGAGCGCAUUUAGCUGUGCAAAAACUGAAAGUGCGUGCAAAAGCCAACGUAGCAGUGAUAGUACUCAAUUUUAGCAGCUGGAAAACCGAAUGAAAAACGACUUCCGCAGACGUCGAAAAGUGCCACAUAAAAGAAAUAGGUGAAAUAAACAAAUAAACGGUGGAGACUCGAUAAACAAAACCGCGGAGUAGGAGUGUCCAACGGGCGAAGGGGAAGGGCAGGAAGGAGGAGCGGCAUACCUCGCCGUGUUGUCAUGCAUUUUGUCACACAGCAACGGGCACAACAGCAGCACCACAAGUCCUCCGCCUCCUCGUCCAGCUCCUCGCUGGCCUCCAGUUCCUCGUGCUCCGGAUCGGGAUCGGCAUCGGGAUCGGGUCUCGGACUAGGAUCCUCCUCGCGCUUCGCCGCCCUGCGCAAGUCCGCCAGCCAGGGUGCCCUGCCCAAGUCCUUGGCCACCGCCCACAGCCUCUUCCAUCGUCCUUCGUCCACGCAGGGCAAGCACAAGCGCACCGCCAGCCUAAAUGCGACGCCCAUGAUUAAAGAUAGUGAUAAAACCAACCCAACAACAUCAAGUGUAACCAUAACCGCUCCGACUGCCGAAAGUUCGAGCAGUAGUAAAACCCCUGCCAAUGCCAACAUGAUACCCGAGACCACCCAGCCCGAUCAGCUCCAGUCACAGACACAGACACAAGCCCAGCUCCAGCCACAGUCUCAAUCGCCGUCACAGUGCCAGCAGGCGCAGGAGAAUCCCGAGCAUCUCCAGCAGCAAUCGCAGCCGGAGGAGGAGCUGCAGGCGGAGGCGCCUGGUAGCAAUGCUGGCGACAGGCGCGAUUCAAUCACCGAGGAGAUCACGAUAACGAGCACCACAAACAGCAGUCUAAGCACCAAACUCCUGACCAUCCAGGAAGCUGCCGGCGGUUUUGAGCAGAGCAGCGCCUCCGUAUCGACGUCCUCCAAACAGAUCGCUUCCACCACAGCCGGCGGUUCGCCACCAGCUGCUGCAGCUCCAGGUGCCAAUGAGUUCAACGGCAGCGUCCUCCGGUUAAGCCAGGCCGUCACUUCCACUAGUCCCGGCUCCAUCUCGAGUGCCGGCAACACAGCUGCACCAGGAGCCGCCCCGAGCAUUAAUAUCGUGUCCAGCGAGUCCACGCGGGAUCAGUCACAACAGCCGCACGGCGUCGACUUCAACGGCGCUCCAGGCGACAGUCCCAGCAGCCGGAAGAGCUCCACCAGCUCCAAGGGCAAGGCCAGCCAGGCCAAGCUAUCCACAUCCAGCAGUGGACGCGAUGAGCAGGACAUCUCGCAGCACCGGCUAAGCGAUCUCACCCAACACGAGCUAAGCCUGCUGCGCGUCGACCGGGAGCAACAGGUGACCAGCAGCAGCUCCACCUCCAACGAGAAGCCGGCCAAGCCGUCGAGGCUCUCGGAGCGGGCCAAGAAGAAGUCCUGGUACAACGUCAUCUAUCCCAACUACAAGUCACGGGCCGAGGACUUCAAGAAGCUCUUCAAGGACGUGCCCAACGACGAGCGCCUGAUUGUGGACUACUCGUGUGCCCUACAACGCGACAUUCUGGUCCAGGGCCGUCUGUAUGUGUCACAGAACUACGUCUGCUUCCACGCGAACAUAUUCAGUUGGGAGACCUACGUGAGCAUCAAGUGGAAGGAUGUGACGGCCAUAACCAAGGAGAAGACAGCACUGGUCAUACCGAAUGCCAUUUCGAUAUCCAGCGGCAAGGACAAGUACUUCUUUGCCACGUUCACCUCGCGCGACAAGAGCUUCUUGAUGCUCUUCCGCGUCUGGCAGAACACGCUGAUGAACAAGCAGUUUUCGCCGCAGGAGAUUUGGAAACAUGUGCACACCUGUUACGGCGACGAGCUGGGCCUGACCACCGACGACGAGGACUACAUUGAUCCCACGCUGAACAACGACAACGAGCCAGACUUCGACUUCCAGACGGCCAUAGAUGACGAUAGCUACUCGCAGCGCCAGUCGCAGCAGUCGAAUCAAUCCAACCAGUCGAAUCCCCUGCUUCCCCAGAGCGGAAACAGCAGCGCCAGCAGCGGCGGCGGCGUCCGCGCCUCUGCCCCCCGCAAGUCUAAAACGAAAUAUUUCUUCAAUUCGUCCAAGUCAUCGGCCAACGCCUCGGCCAGCGGAUCGGAUAACAAUAAGACCAGGGAGAGCUCCCGCAAAUUGAACAAGAAGAUGAAACAGAAUGCCAAGGAGCUGACGCUCAGCUCGGUGAAGCCGACGGAGCUAUCGGUGAGCGUCACCAUGAGCGCUCCCAACGUCAGCAGCAGCAGCACAGCGGGCUCCACCACUGCCUCCUCCUCCACCAUUGCCAACCACACGGGCUCUGGCUCCGGAUCGGGAUCUCUGUCGGGCUCAAAUACGGCGGCAGCCAGCGGCAGUGGCAGCGACAAGAUGAGCGCAGAGAAGAAGGUUAGCACGGCUUCGAACUCGGCCGCUGUAGCAGCGGCAGCAGCCGCUCAAACGCUGGCCAGUGCCAGUUCCGGGUCAGGAUCCUUGGAGUCCAAGAUGGAAAUGAAGCGAAAGCUAGGGAAAAUCCAUCGCCAACGCGAAGAGGGCAAAAAUGCUGCCGAGAGUGUGCCGACAGAUGUCUCCGACUCGUCUGAUUCCGAGGAGAACAAUUUGCCAUUUGUGCCCACCACAGAGUGCACCUCGACGCACGAAGGCCGCCAGAUCGUGCACACCAUUCUGCCAAUUAACGUGGACACCUUGUUUAAUCUUCUGUUCAGCAAGUCCAAAUUCAUAACUGAAUUCCAUGCCAUGCGCAAGUCAACGGACCUCGUGCUAGGCGAGUGGACCAAGAACGAGGAGGGUCUGCAAGUGCGCACAGUGAACGUCACUGUUCAAUUGGCCGCCUCUGUGGGGCCCAAGACCUCAAAGGUAACCGAGUACCAGACGCAGCGGGAGUGUAGCAAGCCGGGAGAACUGUAUUCCAUAGACGUAAAUAGUGUUAAUGCAGGCAUUCCAUACGCGGAAAGUUUCAGUGUGCUCAUACACUUCUGCCUGGCCAGAACUGUCGAUGAUCACACUAUGCUCUCAAUUCACACCCAAAUCAAGUACAAGAAGUCGAUCUGGGGCGUGGUCAAGGGCUUCAUUGAGAAGAACACGUGGGCGGGCCUGGAGGACUUCUUUGGCGCUCAGUUGCAUGCGCUCCAGAGCGAGACGUGCAUUCCACCUGCCAAGGGAAAGGGUCGGCGGCCGAGGAGAGGCAUGAAUCAGCAAUCCGCCACCUCCACGUCGACCACCUCCAUCACGACAGGUGCCCUCCAUACGGCCACCAGCACGGACAAUGACAGUAUCCAAGAGUCGCGACAUCCCCAUCAGCAGGAUCAACAUCAGCACCAGCACUUGCACAUGCACCAUCAUCACCACCAUCACCAUGGUAGUCAGCAUCAUCAUCACGAUGCCAGGCACUCCCAUCAUCAUCAUCAGCCUCUGCUUCCCCAUCAUCAGCAGCAUCCCCAUCACUGGCAUCACCGUAAGGCUGUACUUCAGUCCAGCAGAGGUACCGCCACCCAAAUUCGUCCUCUGGAGGAGGCAGUUGGUCCGGCCCCAGCCGGUGAUCCACUGGAGACCCAAAUGCUGGCCACGGGAGGUAUUCCCGGGGCGGCAGUCGGCGCCGCCGCCGGUCAUCCGCUGCUGCUCGAGGGCGGCAAGCAGCAACAACUCCACCACCAGCAGCAAAUGCACCAUCACCACCUUCAGCCGCACAAGCAGCACCUGCAGCAGCAGCAGUUGCACCUGGGCGGCGGUGACGGCCAGCCUCUGGCAUCGGGUCAAGGGUCACAGGGUCACAGACUUAGACACAAGGGCUUGUGGUUGUUGGUUAUACUCUUGCUGUGCUUGAUGCUGGCAUUAAAUGUGAUAUUAUUACUUAAGCUCUGGAGGCUGGAGGAACGCAUUGACGUGGAUCUCAAUCGGCGGGCCCGCAUGCCCAGUUUGGCGGCCUUGAGUGAGCUGCCGAGCACGAAUCAGGAAUGGCUGGAAUUGCUGCGAGACCAGGAGAUGGCGCACGAGAAUGAGCUGCACAAGUGGCAGCAGGUGCUCCAAACUGCCAUCGAGCUGCUGAAAAAGGUGAGCAUUGUCUGCGAAAAGAUCACCAACGAUAGCCACCUGCGUCAGAGCAUUGAGUCGAUGUCGAUGGCGGGGCGCACUGAAUUCUAAGCAUCUCAUUAGACGGUGAUUAACAGCGGCGAUCAGAGACAUCGGCAAACAGCAAGAGCGUCAACUAAUUGUAUCUUUAACACUCACUACCACACACAUGUAUAAUUGCAACGCGUUUCAUAACUGCAGGGCAGAUUUAAGGAGUCCAUUUAACGUCCUCAGCGUUAUGAUAAAUGAAUUUUUACUGGAUGCAUUAGUUUUUUCUUUAAGAACUUGGUUGUUUUCCAUUUGGAUUUAAUGUUUUCGGUUUUAUUACUUACUACCGCCAAAUUUAGUCUCAUCUCACGAGCAGAUGGAACGGUCUGAAAGUUUUGAAACGCACUGCACCAGCGGGCAUUUGUUACUGAUCUCCUAGUUAGCAAUACACAAAACCCCAACUUGUGCAUGUUCUAUACUCUCGGAUUAAGAUACACAUCCUCUGACACUGAAUGUUAAGGUUAAUGUUGAAAAUUCAUGUAUCCCAAUCAAGGCUUAACCUAUGUUUUCCAACAUCUAUCUCGAGCAGAGUUGAUAAGUAGUCCUUAAAGAUAAGUCUGGUAUUCCGUAGAACAAACUAAAGGCCAGCACGGUUAAUGUAUCAUGAAGUACGAUUGCAAUUGUUAUGAAAAUCCUUUCAAAAUUUUCAUAUUCUGAAUGAAGAAUGGGGAAGAGAUUUCCAUGGCACCACACAAACUCACUGUCAAAACCUUGUAUUUUUGUAAGUAAUUCUUAAUUUGUAUUUACCCUUGUAGCAAGUACUCAUUCACUCUCAACUAACCCUUUUUAUGUUUGACUAAUUCGUAUCUUGGAUGCUUCCCUGUAAAACGCUUUUUGUGUGGAGAACAUAAGUUUGCUUUUAAACUGUUUUACUCAAAAUCCUUUUGUUUUUCAGACUGAAAGAACUUUGGCUGAAAUCGUAGUACGCUAGCAGUAAAAUGUUUUAACAAAAUGUGCAAGUAAAAUGAAUCCAAUCCAAUUGUCUUCGACAAGUUAGGAAUACACCCGAAACAAUUUUUUGGGCCAAAAGCAAAGCCACCAAAAAAUCUGAAAAUGAAUUUAAAAUUCAACUAACAUUUAGUCACAAACCCAAUACACUUUGAAAAGAAAUUAAGAACACAAACCAAUAUGUUUGUAUGCAUAUUUAAGAUUAUGUUUUAAUGGUAAGAAAAGCGCGUGUAAUGUAUGAUCUAAGUAGCUGCAUUUUAGUUAGACUAGAGCAAUUGUUUUGUUUUUAUCACGGCAUUUACGUGUAGCACUUGUUUGCUUGGCUUUGCUUCAGACAAAUGUAUCUACAAAUCCUCAAGUAUUUCAUAUCUCACAACAUACCAAAAACCGAAACAAAUCAAGAGAGAGCGCCCUGAAUUUUUGUUUUAGAAAAUUCAUUUACAUGUCGAGCAAGCGCAAAACUGGCAAACUGGAGAGUAUAUAAUAACUAUAACUUUAAUAUAAUUGCCAGUCCAUGGCUAGGGGAAAUUUGAUAAAAACGAUUAUACAAAAUACUUAUUGUGUACAAUACUUUUGUAAAACCAAUCGAAACAAUUGUGAGCAAUGUUUUCGUUCUUUUGUAUAACUCCUCCCAACUCUUUACCCUUUUUCGAUUUUUGGCGCCCGUUUACAGACGAUACCGAUACCAAUACCACAACAAGAAUCAGAAACAAGAUGCUUCGAACUAUUUAAUCCAAAUCGCAAGUCCAGGCUAUGGCCAGUAACUGCGUAACUCUAUAUACACCAUAUAUAUGAUCCGUAUAUAUGGCCAAGUAUUGUUAGUCUGUAGUAGUUGCAUUUUAAUGUACCAGAGCAAAAAUAAACAAAGCAAAAGCUAGAAAAAAAGCAGAAACUUGUGCGAAUUGAAUGCGAAGAGAAAACUAAAUCGGAAUAAUUAAGAAAAUACAUUUAGAUCUAAGCAAACAAAAUUUAUAAGUUGGUUAAUACCACGCUAAAAACUAACUCUUGUCAAAUUAAUUUGGGCCCUAGCUAAAUUGGCUUACGAUAUGUGUCACAAGUUAGUCUUAUUAAACAGAACAUACAAGAAUAAGAAACCGAAUGUUAAGCGGCAGCAAUGAAAAUUCUAAUUUAUUAUAAAACCGAAUAAAUAAAAUAAAAAAAUAA